UUUAAAGGGCAGUAAUCCAUGAACUAGAUAAACUCAGAACGAGAUAAACAAUGUUUGAUGCCUUUUAAGUUGGUGGGUGAGGUGUCACAACCAACCUCACUUUCCUGCCUACUCAUGUCGACUUAUUAUUUUUAGCACUGAAAGUGACAUGUUCAAUUUAUACCAAUAGUGCCUUGAGUUAUAUAAAUAAUUGAUAUCUUGGUCCUAGAUUCCAUUUAUCUUUCUUGAGUUUUGUUCAAUGGCUGCCGUAAGAUCCCUAGAAGCCUCUUCUUCAACUUCACCUUGUAUCUAUGAUGUCUUCUUGAACUUCCGAGGGGAAGACACUCGAAAGUCUUUCACUGAUCACCUCUACACAGCAUUGGACUAUGCCGGAUUUCGCACCUUCAGAGAUGAUGAUGGAAUUGAAAGGGGAGAAAAGAUCAAGUCUGAACUGCAAAAAGCAAUUAGAGAGUCGAGGAUGUCAAUAGUUAUCUUGUCAAAGAACUAUGCAUCUUCAAGUUGGUGCCUUGAUGAGCUUGUGAUGAUCCUCAAAUGCAAGAGUACCUCUGGACAUGAAGUUCUUCCUCUUUUCUAUGACGUGGAUCCAUCCCUAGUGAGGAAGCAAAUGGGAAGUUUCGAAGAAGCAUUUGCACGACAUGAAGGGAAAAUUGAAGCAGAAAGUGCUGGAAGGAGAAAGGAAUGGAUGAGCAAGGUGGAAGAAUGGAGGGCAGCGCUAAGAGAAGUUGCUGAUUUUGCUGGGAUGGACUUACAAAAUAGAGCUGAUGGGCAUGAAUCGAGGUUUAUAAAGAAAAUUAUCAAAGUAGUUGGAGACAAACUAAGUCGCACAAUCAUGGACAUUGGCCCCUAUGCGAUUGGAAUAUGUUCUCGUGCAAGAGAAAUUCAGUUUUGGUUAGAAGAUGAAUCAGCUGAUGUUGGUGUAGCUGCAAUUUGUGGGAUGGGUGGAAUAGGGAAGACUACCAUUGCCAAGUUCCUAUAUAAUUUAAACUUCUCAAGAUUUGAAAGUAGCAGUUUCUUGGCAAAUGUUAGAGAAAUUUCAAAACAACAGGAUGGUUUACUUUGUUUACAAAGACAGCUUGUUUCAGAUAUUUUAAAGGGAAGGAAGGAGAAGAUAUCCAACGUUGAUGAAGGUAUUGUCAAGAUUAAAGAAGCCUUGCGUUUCAAAAGGGUUCUUGUGAUUCUUGACGAUGUUGAUGAACCAGACGAGUUGUAUGCAGUGCUUGGAAUGUGUGAUUGGCUAUUUUUAGGGAGUAAAAUCAUCAUAACCACUCGGCAUGAGCGCUUGCUUAGACCUCAUGAAGUCUGCAAGGUGUACAGGAUUGAAAAAUUGGAUUAUGACGAGUCCCUUGAGCUUUUCAGUUUGCAUGCCUUUGGACAAAGCCAUCCUGUUGAUGAUUUUGCGGACACCUCAAAGUUGGUGGUUGAACAUUGUGAAGGGCUUCCGUUGGCAAUUAAAGUUUUGGGAUCUUCUCUAUCUGGACAAAGCAUUGGAGUAUGGAGAAGUCAGUUAGAAAAAUUGAAAGCAAUCCCUGAUAGGAAAAUCCUUGCAAAACUCAAAAUAAGUUAUGAUUCUUUACAAGACGAGCACGAUAGAAGUUUAUUCCUCCAUCUUGCUUGUUUCUUUGUUGGGAGCGAUAAGGACUUUACAAUUACAAUCAUGGAUGAAUGUGAAUUUUAUACAGUGGUUGGGAUUCAAAAUCUCAUUGACAGAUGUCUGGUAACAGUUGAUGGAUACAACAAGCUGGUGAUUCAUCAUUUGCUUCAAGAAAUGGGAAGAGAAAUAGUCCGUCAAGAAUCACCCAAUGAGCCAGGAGAACGUAGCAGAUUGUGUAAUCAUAAAGAUUCCUUUAAUGUUCUAAGACAUAAUACUGGCACGAGAAAAAUUGAAGGCCUCAUUCUUGAUACGAGUUUAUUGAAGGCAAAUAUGUCUGCCAGGACAGUGUUUGGUGUCAAUAGAAAAUGCAGUUUGGAAGAAUUCUUGGACAACUCAUUAUUGUCAAAUAUGUGGAAUUCGCUUAAGAGAUAUCGUUUGGGCGUCUUCUCCCAGAACUCACUUGGCAAUCCUCUGGCAGAUUCAAAUGAAAUAGCUUUGGAAACUAAUGCAUUUGCAAAAAUGGAGAAUCGAAAAUUUCUGAAGCUCAGUCAUGUACAAAUAAGCGGAAGUUAUGAAAACUUUCCGAAAAAAAUAAGAUGGAUGUGUUGGCAUGGCUUCCCAUUUGAAUCCAUACCAAAGUAUUUCCCCUUGGAGGCCCUGGUAGCUCUUGAGAUGCCUUAUAGCAGCUUGAAGCAUUUUUCGGCCGGAACUAAGUUUCUUGAGUUACUGAAAAUCCUUAAUCUCAGUCACUCCCAUAGCCUUGCAAGAACUCCCGACUUCAUAGUACUUCCCAAUCUUGAGAAACUGAUACUUGAAGAUUGUACAAGGCUGGUCGAGAUUCACGAAUCCAUAGGAGACUUGGCGAGACUUGUUUUGUUAAAUUUAAAAGAUUGCAGCAGUCUGAGGAAGCUUCCAAGAAGUAUUGGUUUGCUAAAAUCUUUGGAAACACUUGACAUUUCUGGUUGCUCAAAUCUUGAGAAUUGGCCAACUGAGAUGGUGAAUAUGGAUUCUCUAACAGUGCUACGAGCGGAAAAUGUUACUGGCAUAACUCAAUCACCCAUUACAAUUCAGAAUGUCAAAGCCUGGUAUUCGUUCAUUUGGCUUUCGCCAUUGAAGCCGAAAAGAAAUCCUGCAACCUCAUGGGCAUCUUCUUUACCUCGGUCCUUAGUUAAACUACAUCUUCGGGGCUGCAAUCUAUCAGACGAUGCUUUCCCUAAAGAUCUGAGCAACCUAUCCUUGUUGCGGGAAUUAGACCUGAGCAAUAAUCCUAUUAUUAGCCUCCCAGAUUGCAUCAGAAGUCUUACUGGGCUCGAAAUCCUUUGCGUAUGCUCGUGCACAAGGCUCCGGUCACUUGUAGUGCUGCAGGAUUUAAAAAAUUUGCAAUUCAUGAGUUGCUGGUCGUUGGAGAAGAUAAUACUCCCAGAAUACGAAAUAGCAGGCUUUUUCUGUGGUUUCAGGAAAUUGACAUCGCCCGGAGAAUACGGGAUACUGGGUUCUUCCUCUGGUUCGACUCCCAUGCUGGUAGAGUUUUCCGGCAGAUACAAGUUGGAACCCCUAGGAGAUGUUGAUAAAGAGAUAAUAGAUAAUUUGGGCUUGUUCGACUUGGGAUCCAUGCGAAACCUAAAAGUUAGACUUGCAUUCCCCUUCUCUUACCGAAAGAGGUUUUCUCUACAGGGAUGUCAUGAAGAACAUGUAUUCUCCACUUAUCUUCCGGGGAGCAAGGUUCCAGGGUGGUUCAAUCUUAUUGAUAAAGGAAGUUCAUUAUCUUUUACUGCACAACAUCGUAAUUCCAGAAUCCGAUGCUUGAGUUUGUGCGUUGUGUAUGCAUUUUCUUGUGAUUAUGAUCGGUUACAUCCAUAUGAUCGACUUUUCCUUAAUAACGUUAUCACUAAUACCACCAAGAGAUUGAUUUGGAGCCAUUGCCCACACGUAAUUGGCAUUCCGGAAGCUAAUGAGGAUAUGAUUUGGUUAAGCUAUUGGAAGUUUGAAAAUCAGGUGGAAGGUGGUGAUGAAAUGAAUAUAUCCGUGUUUGCAAGAAAAGGAUUUCAGGUGAAGGAGGUAGGAGUCCGCCUUUUGUAUGACGUGGAGAAAGUAGAGAAGAUUACACAAGAAAUUCCAUCAACAAGUGAAGAAGUAUCAGAACAAAUCUUCCGCUACGGAGUUGCUGUACCUGGAAAUUCGUCUUCAUAUCAAGAAAAUACACAAGUCUAUGCCGUUGGUCGUGAUAUCGUUGACAUAGCCAAAACUCUUCGCUGUGGGUUUUUAGUAGAUUCGCUUCCCUCUUCAAUCAUUCCUUUGGUCAUUCGGACCCUUUCAUCAAUUGCCAAGUCAGCUCCUCCUGAUGAUGACGAGCAGCGAGUAGGGAUCAGGGGCUCCUGCUUUACGACGAUGGCAGAAUAGGGACACGGGCCCCACUUAGGGGGUGUUUCUGUGAAAAAUUUGUAGAUUUUUAUGUGGUUGAGAAGUUGUUACGUGUUUUCGAUAGUGAAUAAGUUAAGAAAUUUCAAGUUGUUUCCGAUAGUGAACAAGUUGAUGUGUUCGUGAGUAGAGUUAUUGUAGUAAAAAAAAUUUAUGUGGAUAAUUUUUUGUUAGUGGAAACGAGAUCGUAAAAUAUUGAAAUUUUUUUUGUUAGUGAAAAUGAGAUGGUAAAAUACGUUAAA